AUGUCGGCGUCGCGGGUGGACCGUUGCGUGCACCAGCUAGUGGCGGAAGCGAGCCGUGAACUGCAGGGCGCCGGUCGCGAUGACUGCGCGCUCAUUCUACAGAUUCUCGCGGCCGUGUUCUUUGCAGCCGGCGCGUCGGACGUGGCCGGCUCGAUCGAGGCCACGGGAGGCGACGCUGUCCCGACGGAGCAGGGUAGGGGGCCUGAACGCGACGGGCAGCGCCGAGGGGGCGCAUCCGUCAUCGUCCGGGCCUCGAUCGCGUGCCUGGCGGCCGUGGGAGCGUCUGAUUUCGCGGAACACUCGCGCGAGGGCGCGGACAAGCUCGCGUCUGUGCUCCUCAGGGAACCUCACGUCCCGUUCGCGACGCUCUCGGACGCGCUCCUCGCCGUGCCCGGCGUCGGACGAAUCGCGCCAGCCUCGGAGACCAGCAGCGCCCCGGUGGUAGACCUUUUCUACCAGCGCUGCCCGCCAGGGCUCUGCACGCGCGUCCUGGCGCAGACUCUGCGGUCCGGAGGGCCGGCAACGGACCCGGCCGGCGCGGCCGGGCUCGUGGUGGAAGAAGUCGGCGCCGCCGAGGCGGCACGGCUGAUGCGCACCUUUGUGCUAGGCGCCCCGCCGUCCGGGCUUGAGAGGGUGCUGGGCGCCGCGGGCGAGGGCGCCGACGCGGAGGACGAGCCGGGGCUGUCGUCGUCGCUCGGGGCGCUGGUGUCGCUCGCCGAUCUGCCCGCCAGCCACGUGGCGGACCGACUGCAAGUGCGCUGUGGAACGUUCGCGCGGGAGCUAGCGUCGAGGCUGCUGGACGCGGUUCCGCGGGCCGACGACGUGCGGCGGGAGGCGGCCUGCGCUGCGCUCGGGCGCCUGUGCCUCCGCGGACACGCCGAGGACGUCGCGUGGGCGAUGUGGGGGCGUGUCCAUGACGUGGCGCCACACUCCCCCCCGCCCGCCUCAGACGACGCCAGGCACGCCGCGAGCGAGGCGCAGCUGUGGGCAACGCUCAUGCGCGGCAUUCAGGGCCUCGAUCCCGGCGUGCGGCUCGUGAACUCGAUCCUUGAGAUUGCAGCGGCGCGCGAAGCACGGCCAAAGCCGCCGGCCGCGGUCCUGCGGCUCGUGCGAUCGCUCCUCGCCUGCCCCGUCGCAGACAACGCGUCCGAGGGCCUCCUGGCAGCGCAGCGCCUCCUCACGUCCCGCCCGGUGCACCCAGCAGCCAUCGACGCCGUCGUCGAGGCACUGCGGGGCGGCGACGAAGGGGCAGUAGCCGCGGCGCGGGCACUGCUCGAUCACGUCGCGGACUGGUGGGGCGCGGCGGGGACGGCCGCGCGGCAGUCCGCGUCCCUCGGAGCGUCGCACGCGCACGCGCUGUGUCAGCUGCUGACGCUGCAGCCCCCGGGGGGAGUCUCCCAGGCGGCGCUGACGGCGAUACUCCAGGGCGUCUCCGAGCGUCUGGGGAGCCCGAUCCGGGCGACGCAGCAGCAGGCGAAGCGCGUGGCUCGCGCGAUGUCGCGCUGCAUGCCGGCACCCAGUCAGUCGGGGGGGGAGUCGGUGACGCUGUUCGAAGACGAGAGUCUCGACGAGCUUGCGGCGGAGGAGCGGUGGUGGAGCGAGGAAGCGCUGGAGCGGGUCUGGGAGCGCGGUGGCGGCCGCACCGAGGCCCCCGCGGCGCCCGCGGACACCCCCAAUGACGGUGGGGGUGUUGAGAUGGGCGGGGGGGGUGUGGCGGCGGCGGAGGCGGGGGAGGAAGAGGGCGGGGUGCACGACGCAGUGGCGGAGGACGACGACGAGUGGUGGAGCGGCUCGGACAGCGACGACGAGGACAAGCAGGGCGCAUGGGGCGGCGUUGCCAACAGGCCGCUGCCGGACCUGGAUGCGGAGGAUGCGAAGCUGGGACCCGACGGAAAGCCGGUCGAGGCGCCGCGGCAGCUGCGGCCGCUGAUCGCGGCCCUGCGCCCCGCGAAGCAGGAGCCGGAGACCAUGCUGCUCUUCGAACGGUCUCUCCUGGCUCUGGAAGAGAUGGUGCGUGCCAGCCCGCACGAGCUCGCGCAGCUCGCCCCCGAGCUCGCACGAAACCUCCUGCACGCCAACAUCCCCGUCUGGAUGGAUGGCGUCCAGGCCCCGGACGGCCAGGCCGCGCGCCGCGCCUCUCUCGUUGCGACGGUCGCGGCGGAGCCCCUGUCCGCUGGGCUUGCCGUGCUCUCCGAGGCGUUCGGGCCGCACCUCGACACGACGCAGCGUCUGUUGGUGCUGGACUGCACGGCCGCGGCCGCCGUCGAGCUCUCCGCGCCGCCCUCGCAGCGAAAGGAACUCCCCCCCCCGACAACAACCUUAUUGUCCCCCCCGGGCGGCUUGCCCGCACCGCGGGCGGGCCCGUCGCCCGUCGGCACGACGCGGGUGUUCGCGCAGCGCGCGCUCGAGCUCCGGAAGAAGCCCGCGGCCAGAACCUGGCGGAACCGGCUGCCGACGGUGGCGGGGGAGUGGAUGGCGGCACUGCUGUCAGGCAUCAGCGAGCGCCGUCCGGGCUGGGACAUCUUCGGGCGAGACUUCGUGGUCCUCGGGAAGCUCCUGUUCACGAUGGGGACCGUCGUCGAGUGCACCGCGCCGCACGCGCAGGUCGUGCCGUUGUCGCGUGCGUUGCUCGAGGUGUUGUCGGCGCCUGACGUCCACGCGCACGAGCAGGCGUUCGUGCGCCGCGCGUCGCUGCUCGCGGCCGCGCAGGUGCUCGCGUCCCUCCCGGCCGGGGCGGUCGCACGCGCCGUGCUGGACCAGGAGGGGGGGGGUCAAGCGGACGCAGGCGCAGACACCUCCCUCGCGGGGCGCCUGGCGUGGCUGCAGGCGUGGGUCGCGAAGACGAAGGAUACCGACCCCGACGACGCAUGCCGAGCCGUCGCAGACGGGUGCCUUGGCCUGCAGGCGUCGCUGGCGAGCAGGGCGCUGGAAGCACUCGAGUCGGGGGGGGGGGACUCUUUCGGCGUCGAGGCGGUCCAGGGGCGCAGCAUCCAGAUGCCCACGGCGGGAUCGCUGCCAAGCGUGCGCGCCCCGCUCGGGUAG